AGACGACACAAGAUGGCGGCAGAGCCCCCCCUGCUGGGCAGGAACCAGCUCCGAGGAGGGGUUGGUGUCUGAAACCGAAAGUAAAAACCUGAAUAACGGGUCGCCAUUAUGUUUAAGAAGAGUUCCGUCUUUGCUCCAGUAAUUAAUCGACAAAUAUGAAGCAUCUAGUGGAUCUGCUGUGUUUGUGUCUUCUGUGUUUGACCGGGAAAACACUUUGUGAUAAAAACGGGCCAACAGUCAUCACAGUGAAAGAAGGCCGUGAUGCUAUUUUACCCUGCCGCCUCUGGCCCAAGGUGGACCUUACGUCAGAACGGUUUAUCUGGAGGAAAUAUCCCAAGGAAGGUGGAUGGCACAAGACCGUGUUCCUGUAUAACGGUCAGAGGGUAGAGGUCGAAGGUCAAGACGAACAGUUCCAAGGUCGAGUUGAAUAUUUUCCAGAAGAAGUGAAAGAGGGCAACGCCUCCAUAAUCAUCAGAAAGACGACGAAGGCUGACAGUGGAAAAUACGUCUGUAUUUAUCUAGAUUAUCAAAUGUUCUGCGUUGAUCUUGUAGUUGCUUCACUUCGGAGAUGUCAUUCAGCUCCAGAUCCAAAGGAACGUCCACUAAUGAUGACAUGAGGCUUUGAUGAUGUCUGUGUUGCUGGAAACAUUGAUUUAGUUUCCAGUUAUUUUCUGCUGUGUUCUCUCCCAGUUAGGCUGGUUGAUGUGGUCUUCAGUUCUAGUUGAUGGUGGACCUG